AACAUUACUGCAAUUGCUCUAGAUUCUUAAGAUUCGAGCGAGACAGUAGAAAAUGCCUUUUCCUCUUUCCCAUUUAAAAUUACAGUUGCAGCAACAACAGCUGCCGUUGCAGUUGCCAUUGCCGUUGCCUUUUGUCCUGUUGUUGCUAUUGCUCAACAUAUGCUUGCAACAACACAUCGUUCUCGUCACAGCUGACAACGCGGAGUCAAAAGCACACAUUGGUGACUAUUUUCCUGCCCUUAAUGAGUUUUCAACUCACACUGUGAUACGCCCCCAAGUGCAACAUGGACGCACUAAGCGCAGCCUGCAAAGCACUCUGGAUGCAACGGAUGGUCUGCAUGCGCCGAGCUUAUCACUGAGCUACACGCACCAAGGACAACGCAUCCAAAUCGAACUGCAGCGCAACGAUCGCCUCCUCCCCGAAGCCCACUUCCUGCGCUAUCAGAAUGCCAGCAACCAGCUGGAAGGCGACUCCGGCUAUGUGGUGCGCAAUUUUACCAAGACUGACGUUGAUUUAUGCCAUUAUCAGGGACACAUACGCGGACGGCCAGAUUCAAGUGUGGCACUAGCCACCUGCGAUGGCGCACUGAAUGGGGUUGUCUUCGAUGGCCAGGACACGUAUUUCAUUCACCCACACAGCAAUGGCAGCGGACGGCUGCAGGAUGACCAUUAUCUGCUCAGACACGCGGACAUGUUGCAGCAGAAUGCCACCUGUGGCUACGAUAGCCAUACUGACAACCACAGUCCACACGAGCAGAGCGGGAUGGAACAUAAGCAGGAACAGGAGCAGGAGUCAGAGCAAGAACCAGAGCAGGAGCUGAAGCAGCUAAAGCUGCCACAUCGCUUGGAUGGCGGCGAAAUCAAACGCAUGCUGAGACGCCAGCGACGCCACACGGAUGAGAGUCAACUGAUACGUGGUCCAUACAAUGCCGACAAGUAUUCCAGCUAUGUGGAGCUGGUGAUUGUCGUGGACAACAAGGUGUACAAGCAUUUCGGUGAGAAUACCAAGCGAGUGCAUCAGCAUUGCAAGGAUCUGGCCAACAUUAUCAACGCCCUCUAUGAGCCGCUGAACAUCUUUGUGGCUCUUGUGGGAGUUGUCAUCUGGAAUGAAUCGAAUGAGAUUAAGGUAUCCUACAAUGGCACAUUGACGCUGAGACACUUCAUUAACUAUCGCAGAACAAAGCUGAUGGCAGAUCAUCCCAACGACCAUGCACAGCUGCUGACCAAGGAGAAAUUUGCAGACAGCGUGGUGGGCAAGUCCCCUAAAGGAUUAAUUUGCUCGUAUCAUAGCUCCGCCGGUUUCACCAGGCUACACAGUCCGGUUCUGGCAGUGGUUGCGACCACAAUGGCGCAUGAGAUGGGCCACAAUUUCGGAAUGGACCACGACACGGACGAUUGCCGCUGUACGGACGAGAAGUGUUUAAUGGAUGAUUCGAGUACGGCCGUGGUGCCGGUGCACUGGAGCAGCUGCAGCAUCGAUCAGUUGACCAUUGCCUUCUCGCGUGGUGUGAACUAUUGCCUGAGGAAUAAACCCACCAAGCUAUUCGAAUCGCCGCAGUGCGGCAAUGGAUUCGUAGAGCCCGGCGAGCAGUGCGACUGUGGUUUGCCCACCCACUGUGAGAAUAGCUGCUGCAAUGCCCACACCUGCAUGCUACACAUCAAUGCCUCCUGUGCCACGGGCGAGUGCUGUGAUCUCGACACAUGCCGGCCCAAGCUGCCGGGCAGCGCUUGCAGACCCUCGGAGAACGAAUGCGAUCUGCCCGAGUACUGCACCGGCGAGUCGGAAUACUGCCCGGCAGAUGUGUUUCGUCGUGACACGGAGCCAUGCGAUAAUAAUCAGGCGUACUGCUUCCAGGGCACUUGUCGGUCGCAUGCCAGUCAGUGCCGCAUCCUGUGGGGACCCUCGGGCGACAACGCGGCGCACUGCUAUAAGCACCACAAUGAGCAAGGCUCGAUAAUGGGCAACUGUGGCUACGAUCUACUCAAUGAUAGCUUUGUGAAGUGCACGCCGGAGAAUGUUCUAUGUGGAAUGCUGCAGUGCAUCCAUUACAAUGAGAAACUCGAAUUUGGCAUUGAAUUUGCUGAACCAUUUCAGUCAUAUGCCACCGAAUACCAUAAUGUAUACGUCUGCCAUACGGCGUUCUUUAAGUUCGGCCAACAGAUCAUCGAUCCUGGGAUGACGCCCAAUGGCGCCAAGUGUGGUGAUCAGAAAAUGUGCUACAAUCAAACGUGCCUGGCUCUGGAGCGAGUGCGCCAACUAGGCAUGGUUGCCAGCUGUCCACAAGACUGCAACGCCAACGGUGUCUGCAACAGCCGGGGGCAUUGCCACUGCGACGUAGGAUUCGGCGGUGAGGCAUGCAACAAACUCGGACUCGGUGGCUCCGUGGACAGUGGACCAGUCACAAAUCCAAGCAACCAUCUGAGCAUCUCGCGUUUCUUCUACAUUCUGUUCUUCCUUGUGUUGCCCCUGUUGGUCAUCAGCUGCCUUCUUUAUCGCUGCCUGUUGCUGAAAACCAAGCCUUACGCCUGUGGAGGACUCGCUAAGAAUAAGUACGUAUCGAAAUCCACGCUCAGCAGGAAGAACAGCAGUAUUAGAAGGAGCUGCAGCCGCAUCAGUAUUAGUGACAUCUCGAACCCAGCAUUCUGUUUGGCCACCGUCUCCUCCGCAACAAUUACUAACACACACGCAACCCUGCCACAUUUUAAGUCCAGUCCGUGCACUCCUAUCGCAGUGCAUCCACCUGUUAUGCCUAAAAGUCACUCCAGCAGCGAGUUGAAGCAUGCGCCUCUCUUGCUCUCAACGCCACAACUUGCGGAUUUCGAACCAAAGUCAUCACAGCCAGUCCCAUUCCACAACAACCAUAAUAAUAAUACUAACACAAUGCAAUGCAGGAUGGGCAUUGAGGCUCCACGUCUGCAUGCAACCACAAAUCCAUUGGCGCCCACCGAGGGCGCCCAAUUUAUGCAGAGCGACCCUGCGAGUGUGCCCAAAAGCUAACAAUACCAAUAAUAACAAUAACCACAAUAACCACAACUACAACAAUACCAACAUACACAACAAAACUGCCCCAAUCUUUGAGCAUGUUAAGAAAAGAAGACUCUUUGCAUGUUGCGUUCUCAUUUUACUUUAUAUGUUAUCUUAUAUGUUUUAUAUAUUAUCUAAGCAUGCAAAAGCACCCAUAGAAUAAGGAUACAAAUAUAUGUAUUUAAUA